AUGCCUCAGACUUUAGCCCAUCUCCUGUUUGGAAAAGGAGCACUUUCCUUGACCCGUUGCAUUUUACAGGGAGCCAGUGCUCUGAGCUUAGGUAGUACUGAAUGUUUGCUGUUGGGUGUCAUGGCUUAUGAUCGCUACUUGGCCAUCUGCAACCCUUUGAGAUACACCUCUGCCAUGGACAUGAAGCAUCGCCAUUUGCUUGCCACCUCCUGCUGGAUCAUAGGUGGUCUUUUCUCCAUGGUCAAUGUCUUUUUCAUCCUUCAACAUUCCUUCUGUGGUCCCAACCACAUCAACCACUUCUUCUGUGAGCUGCAUUUUUUGCUAGAUCUCGCCUGUAAUGAUAUUAAAGUCACCAAAGCCAUUUUCAAUAGUCUUUCAGCAAUUAUUGUCAUGGUUCCCUUUUGGGUUAUCUUGUGUUCCUAUGGUUGCAUCCUGUAUUCCAUUUGUCAAAUGCGGUCAGCUGCAAGGUGGCAUAAAGCUUUCUCCACCUGUGGCUCCCACCUUGUUGUGGUCACCUUGUUCUAUGGUACCAUCAUGUCUAUAUAUAUAAUCCCCCAAUCAAGCUCAUCUCCUGAUAGGAACAAGAAUGUUGCGGUUAUGUACCUUGUGGUCACUCCUCUGCUUAACCCCAUUAUUUAUACUUUGCGGAAUAAGGAUGUCCACAGGGCUGUGGUCAAGGUGUUGAGAAGAAUGAACUUUGACGAAAAACCAUGA